GCCGUGCGCGUCGGUAGUUCGUCGAGGUGCCCCGCUAUCACGUUACGAUAAACCAUACAAAACCAAACCAGUGUUGUGGAUUUAUAGUGUUCCUGUGAGAUUGUGCCAUUUCACCUUGUGAUGUUUUGUGUUACGUUCGUUAUAGUGUUGGAUUUCUCUUAAAAGUGUUGGACAGGUUCCGCCUGCCGCGGCCAGACGCCUUUCCUCCGAUCUCGGGAUAUCAUUAAGAUGCUGUCACACGAUGCGACGAUUUGACCAAAGGACAAAUGAAUCAUUGUAGCACUAACAACCAACCAGCCAUGACUGCAAGCCAAGAGGCGUUACAGCCUCUAGAGAACAGAAUAUGCAGCAGAAACAGCCUUCUAGAACUAAAGAAUCUUCUAGAAGACAGAGGCGGCCACGUGAACCACGAGAGGCGAAAGAAAAGUGUUAUAAAUAGUAGUGUUUUUAAAUUAGACAGUUUUAGUGAAUCUAGGCAUCCGUGUAGAACCUCGAGGGGACUGUGGAGGUUUAAGACUUUGUUGUUAAUAUUUUUAGUGUAUGUUUUGGUGGAUACGAGGCUGCUAGUGGAGGCAAGAAGUUCAGAACCACGGUACGAAACAGCGUACGCGUGCGAAGGGAAAACGCUCAAAAUCGGGUGCGGAGAGGGCUCCGUGAUCCACCUCAUCAGAGCGAACUAUGGAAGAUUCUCGAUCACCAUCUGCAAUGACCAUGGCAAUACCGACUGGAGCGUCAACUGCAUGUCUACACGGAGUUUACGGGUUUUGCAUAGCAGGUGUAGUAUGCACCAGAACUGCAGUAUAUUGGCGAGUACAAACAUGUUUGGAGACCCGUGUCCGAAUACAUUGAAAUAUCUCGAAGCGCACUAUCAAUGUGUACCUGCAUCAACGACCAGCACGACAAGCAGACCAUCACCACCCUGGCUGAUCACCUCCCAACCAACAGUCUGGCGGUCUACCGCACCCCCUGUACCCAAGAACCCAGUACAAACCCAGCAGGAGAAGAAGAAGCCGACAGUAAUCACGCCACCCACCUUCAGACCUCAUAUUACGCUGCCGCCAGAAGUACAGAUGGGCAAUAUUGGGACUAAGAAAACAACAACGAAAACGCCAGAGCCAUCAUCAGAAAAGGAACCACCUCAAGUACCCCUGGAUAAAGUGCCGGUUAUAAAAGAGGAAGUGCCGAAGGUAGCUGAUGAGAAUACCAAAGUUGAGAAACCUAAGGAGAAAUUCGAUGAACCUGUGGCAGUAACUGACGAGACCCUGCAAUGGGCGCCAAAAGACGAAGACUCAGAUUCCACGCCGUCCCUCCACGGACCUCCGAAAGAAAACCGACCGGACACUCCUGAAGAUGAUUAUGAUAAAGUUUACUCAACAAGCGCAACCCCAUCGCUAGGACGACGUGCGUACUGCCCGCAAGUGAACGCACGCGGUCUGCAUUGGAACUGGACGCUAGCGGGCACGUACGCUGUGCAGCCUUGCCCGGGGGGUGCCACGGGAUUGGCUAGAUGGAAAUGUACACUAACUGCCCAUCAACACAUAGAAGAGGAGCGACCACAUCGCCGCAGUUCCGGGUUGCAAUCCGGAGAGAAUUUUCACGAUUUGGGCUUAGAACAACCCAGUGAGAGGCAACUACAGUUAAUAAGGAGAUUAGGCUCGGAAGCUUUGUUGAAAGGUCGUGACGGUGAUUCUCCAGAACAUUUGAUAGAUUACAGAGGAAGUGCUAAUUUGCCAGAUGCUCAAGCGUCGAGAGAAAAUCUUGCUACAAAUGGAGACUAUGUUUAUUCGGACACAAUCCCAGAAUGGCAUGGAGCUACUCCCGACCUUAGCGAGUGCAGAUCUGUGUGGCUCAACAGCUUGGAGGCCAGAGUGCGGGAGGGGGAGUCCCUCCUCAGUAUUAGCAACGAUUUAGCACAGGUGACAUCAUCAAAGAAACUAUACGGCGGUGACAUGAUGACAACAACAAGUAUAAUGAAGAAGCUUGCACAGCGCAUGUCACAAAAUGUACAAACAUUCCCCGACCCCAGACAGAAAGAGGCGAUUGUCACUGAUAUGUUGUUGGGUGUUAUUAAAACUGGAUCGAAUCUUCUAGACGAAAGUCAGCGAGCUUCUUGGUCAGAUCUAAGUAUGGACGCACAGAACAGAGUGGCGAGUGCGUUGUUGACGCAGUUGGAGGAAAACGCCUUCCUAUUGGCUGACGCGGUUACCAAAGAGAAAACUAUUCUGCAAAUUGUUAAGAAUAUCUGCCUAUCCGUCCGAGUACUAGAAGUGAAAAACGUAGAAGACGAAACAUUCCCGUCUUUGAUUGCUCAAGAACAGUGGAAGGCUUCGGAGGACACUAUCACCAUACCCAAAGCUGCAUUAUUAGAAAACCAUCAAGUAGACCUCGUAAGGAUAGUGUUCUUUGCCUUCGACCGUUUGGAAGAAAUAUUGCCACCAACGUUUGGGAAAUCUCCGCAAUUCGCUGCAUAUACUUCUGACCCGGCUUCGUCUACUAGUAUCAAUUCUGAGAAGGAAAAGAAAAAUGUCACUAGAGUGUUGAAUUCUAAAGUAAUAUCAGCAAGUUUAGGCAACGGGCGACACAUUCAACUAUCACAAAUGGUGCGUCUCACUAUGAAACACUUGAAGACGGAAAACGUCACCAACCCGGCUUGCGUCUUCUGGGACUAUACUUUACACGGCUGGUCACCCGAAGGCUGUCAAGUAGAAUGGUCGAACCUCACACAUACAGGAUGCGCGUGUUCCCACUUAACCAACUUCGCAAUAUUGAUGGACGUGCACGGUGUAUCUCUGAGCGCUAAACACGAAAUGGCGCUACGACUCUUGACGUUCAUUGGCUGCGCGAUAUCAGCUGUUGCGCUGUUGGCGGCCAUCUUGGUUUUCCAGUGCUUUAGGAAUAUGAAGUCGGACCGUGUGUUAAUUCACAAGAACCUCUGCAUCUGUCUAUUAAUUGCUGAAGUGGUGUUCAUGUGCGGUAUCGACCAGACACAAGACAGGAUACUCUGUGGUGUUAUUGCUGGACUCUUACAUUAUUUCUUCUUGGCUGCUUUCGCUUGGAUGUUUCUGGAAGGUUUCCACCUAUACGCCAUGCUGGUGGAGGUAUUCGAGCCGGAGCGUGCCCGCGGGCGCUGGUACUGCGCGGGCGCGUACCUGUGCCCCGCGCUCGUGGUGCUGGGCUCGGCCGCCGCCUGGCCGCGCGGCUACGGGACCGCCGCGCACUGCUGGCUCAGCACCGAGCGGUACUUCCUCGCUGCGUUUGUUGGACCGGUUGCUGUGGUGCUGCUCGCCAACUGGAUCUGUCUAAGCAUGGUUAUCUACAUGAUGUGCCAUCAUUCGACAGUAUCGAUAAAGGCGAAAGAAAAUUCCAAAUUAUAUAAAAUAAGGGUCUGGCUGAACAGUUCAGUAGUACUAGCGUUUCUACUCGGUCUCACGUGGACUUUCGGUCUACUCUACAUCAACGAGCAGACCGUGGGCGUGGCGUACGCGUUCACGAUACUGAAUUCGUUGCAAGGAUUGUUCAUUUUCAUCUUCCACUGUUUGCAGAAUGAAGUUUUCCAGAAGGAGUGCGGUCGUGUAGCCCGCCGGCACCGCUGGCUGUCCUGCCUGGCCCCGGGCGCGCCGCUGGACACACGCACGGGCUCCAAGCGCCGCUACCACCACUCCGCGCCCGAUACUGAUGAUGUGGUCGACCCGAGGGAUGUCACUAGCUACAACUUGCAACCGGAUUCAAGAUGGAACAUCCGUCCGACCGCUCCUAUUUACGUCCCGAGCGACGACAUACGAAACGCGCGAACGCCGACGCCUCAAAACAUCCCUCAUAGUUCGUCCCACUCCCAGAGCAUUGCGUCGAUGCAUAGCUACAGAAAUAAUAUCGAAGUGCCGAACGAUUACCAGAACCUUCGGUCACGGUCGCCAUCUUGUUAUUCCAACAAAAUGGCGGCAUCCAUUGGCGCUAACGACUGGGCUUUAAUGGCAAAUGCGGGCGGCAGUGUUUGGAAGAACACUUCUUCUAAGCAGCACAUGGGCAACUCGUCGACGCUGCCGCACCACGAGGCGAGUGCGGGCGCGGUGGGGGGUGUGGCGGGGGGUGCGGGGGGUGCGGGGGCGGCGGGGGGCGAGGGGGGGCACUACCCGCUGGGCUACGGCACCACGCGCAGCUACCACCACGACCUGCGCGCGCCGCACGUGUUCCUGGCGCAGCACUCGCCCGGCGCGCAGGAGAUGAUCUUCCGCAAGCACUACAAGGAGGAGGGCCGCCGCAAGCACCACGCGCCCGCCAACCACACGUACUCCGAGAUCGCCGCGCAGCAGGCCCGCAUGUACCGCCGCGGCUCCGAGGAGUUCCGCGUCAUACAGGACGACCCGGUCUAUGAGGAGAUCGAGCGCAACGAGACCAUGAUGUCGGACGUGUCGGACGACAACUCGACGCCGGACUGCCGGCCGGCCGCCGGACACCACGGCUCGGCCGGCAAGUUCUUCGGCGACCACCGCCCGCUCAUCUCGUACAGCCCGGGCGAGCGCCACCACGAGCAGGAGCACUUCGCCAAGUACGGCAAGUGGGACACGCUCGAGCGCGCCUACGAGCCGCGCCACGCCUACCCGCAUCCGCAGCACGCGCCGCACCAGCACGUACAGCACGUGCCGCACGUGCAGCACGCGCAGCACGUGCAGCACGUGCAGCUCGCGGCGGUGCUGAACGGCGAGAACAACGUGGUGUGCCACCUGGAGCCGCCGCGGUACGACGCGUACGCGCCGCCCGCACGUACGCUCAGCCAGCCCAGCUUCUGAGCCCGCACGUGUACAGAUAUAGCGAAUGAUUUUUCUAUGAGUAGACAUAGAUUAGACUCUUGGGCCACGGGGCGCCCGGGCCCCCGACCCUAGACGUAACUCGACUCUAAAUCACUUUUUCCACUGUGAUCCUAUUUAGUGCGGCGGCCCGGCCUCGGCCGUCGCGAACCACUUUUAAUUUUAUAUCUUGAGAUUUAGGACUUUGUACAUACCUAGACUUAGCUCGACCCGGCGUCGGCCCGUUCGACCCGGCGCCCGCGGGCGUCCGAUAUCUCGUAGUGGGUACGAAAAUCUGUGAUGUUUCAUUUAUGCUUUAGAUUAGGUUUUACGCGAACGGACGUCGUCUCCGCCGCGAGUGUUGACGUUCUUCGUUUCGUUCUUCGACGUUUCGGCAGCUUCUUAUGAUUUGUCAAAAGAUAAUCCAUCCGACCUAUUUAUAGACUGACACCACUGAACGUUGUGCACUCUCCGUAAUUUAGUCUAGUGUUUUAAUAUUAAAAUCUACGCGAAGUAGAGUUCUUUUACCGCCACGAAUGAACUGUUAAUUUUAAAUUAAACGAUAAGGAAUUGUUUUUAUUUUAGGAACGGAUACGAUAACCUGUAUGUGUAUUCAUUUCUUGUAUAUUUUGGACCGACUAAGCAAUAUUGUAGACUGAAGUAUUGGAUAAUUGUUGGCUGAUUAACUUUAAAACAAUAAUUUAUAUACUUUUUAGCGUAGCCAACAUUUAUGAAAUACUUUCUAAAAGGGGAAAUAUAUAAGAAAAUAUCAUGGGAGGAUUAUAUUUUGUAUUUGGGUUUACUAGUCUAUUGCUCCCAAUUUAAAUGUAAUUGUACAUUGUCAUGUGUAUUUCUGUUAUGUAUUAUUUUUGUUUGAUUGUAUUUUAAUAACGUUAUAUUAAUGUAAAGUAGGACGAACAGAAUGUGUAAAUAAUUUAAAGUUUAUAUAAAUAAAGAGCGGCUGUUCUGUGAGGACGACCGCGAAAUUGAAA